AUGUCUCUAGAAGAGUACCAGGAGCUUGGGAGAAGAUAUUACAAGCUCAAAGAGUACAAGAAUGCUGUCGAAGCCUUCACAAACGGCAUCGAAAUCAUGCCCACCCUCAGCCUCUUCGACCAUCGCGCAGCAGCAUAUGACAGACUAGAAGACUAUAAUGCCGCAGUCAAAGAUGGCAGGGAGAUGAUCAAGAUCAACAAGCAAGAUGUGAAGGGGUAUUUGAGGACAGCAAGCAUACUCGAGAAGAUGGAGAAGCUGGAAACAGCGCUGGGGAUUUACAAGUAUGGCAUGAAGAACGUGGCAGUAACUGACAAGUACUUCAAGCUGCUGCAACAACUCCACGACAAGACUACGCGCAAACUAUCACCCGCAAAGUCCGUCGACCCCCUCACCAUUCUCCCCGUCGAACUCGCCGAGAUAGUACUCGAAUACAUGACUUUCAGACAGUUGGUCAACUGCAUGCGCGUCAGCAGAGGAUGGCGAGAUUACGUCGCAAAUCUGCCACGGCUAUGGAUGCACCUCGAUCUCUCCGGCGCACGCCGCCCCGUCCCUCGCAAAUUUGUCGACAAAGCCGUCCGGCGCUCUGAAAACCGUCUGACGCGAGUCACUAUACACCGUUUCGAACACAUCGAUAUUCUCAAAAACGUCGCGGUCGCAUGCAAGAACCUGACAGAUCUCGAGUUCAUAAGCCUGCCACACGCCAUGUCCUCCACGUUCAUCGACAUCGUACAAUAUGGAUUGCAUAAGCUUCCAUUGGAAACGCUCAUCCUCAAGACGGUACACACCAACUUCUCUACCCUCCCAUCAACAUUGCAAAAGUUCUCGCUCAAUUACACAGUCGACAGUGACCUUGUUCCAGCAGACACUCCGGGACUGCUGCGUUCUCGCCUCCAGGACCUUACGCACCUGAGUCUCUUCGAGGUGAACAAUGUCAAUGCAGACCGUAUUGAGGAACUGCUCGAUCUUUACACCGACGAGGAUGCCCAACUGCAUACCCUCCAAGGCGCCGCGCCCCUGCAAUCCCUGACAUUCCGCGGCUUGCCCAGCGACGACAACGUAGGCUUCUUCAACAAGAAGACGAACAGUCUUUUUGCGCGCUCACCACGGGUUUUGACGCCGGCGCUGCAGCAUUUGGAUCUCGCGAAGCAGGCGGUCGGCGACGACGAUGUUGAGCACUUGUUGGAACAUGAGGUGACGGGGCUGAGGAGUGUUGAUUUCAGUUACUCGUACAUUACAGGCGCUAGUAUAAAGAUGCUGGUGGAUAAGUUGCCGGGUCUGAAGAGCAUCUAUGCGGACAAUUGUUCCAGGAUUAGUGGUCGGGAUGCAAUUGAGUAUGCGAGGCGAAAAGGCGUGUUUGUGAGUUGUACCAUGGGGGAGGGAAAAGGUGGGAAGAAGAUUAGAUACGGUUGA